AUGCGAUUCUCCACAAGCACAAUCCUGGUCACUGCCCUGGGGUGGUUCACCGCCGCGACCGCACACACUAUCCAGCUGAAGGCUCACUCACGAGAAUGCUUCCACGAGUCCCUGCACCGCGACGAUGUCAUGACCGUCACUUUCCAGGUUGGAGAUCGGGAGUUUGGAGGGAGUGGGAAUCUUGAGGUGGAUUUCUGGGUCGAAGAUCCCCUGAGAAACCGCCAGUACUUCCAGCAAGCCGUCUCCUCCGAUGACUACUCUUUCACCGCGCUGGCCGAUGGAAAAUACAACUACUGCUUCAGCAAUGAAGGCUGGACAUCGAACUCCAAGGAGGUCUCCUUCAACGUCCACGGAAUUGUCUACGUGCCCGAAUCUGAGAUGUCGAAGGACCCCCUCGAGGUUGAAGUUCGCAAACUCUCCGAGGCUUUGACACAGGUGAAGGAUGAGCAGUCGUACAUUGUGGUGCGUGAGCGUGUGCACCGGAACACCGCAGAGAGCACCAACGGCCGUGUGAAGUGGUGGAGUAUGUUCCAGCUUGCGGUCGUCAUUGGUGAGGGUGUAUUCCAGGUGUGGUGGUUGAAGAGAUUCUUCGAGGUCAAGCGCGUGGUCUGA